UAAUUAAAAAGAAAAUGUUUGCAAGAACAAGCGCUAUUCUCAACCGUGGCUUCGUUCAUCGUUACUUCGACAACAAAAAUGUAGCUUGCUUCAGCGCUUUAUCAGCUAAACAUAAGGGCGGCGGCGCAACGCCUGGGGAACUUAGCAAAAAAUCAGACCCGGCGGCGGAAGGAUCCGAGGGCGGCUACGGCGGGUCUGGAAUCUCGAAUGUAGCGAGUGAUUACAAGUUGGCGUCGGAGGGUCCCGGAAGCCUUGGGCACGGUGGGCCGGGAAAUUUGAACAGGGGAAAUUAUAAGGGCGGAGAGCGGCGGCGGCGGGAGGAGAAGGACAUGGAAGAUGCGGCGGCGUCGGUGGCGGAGAUGGCGAAGAUGGGGGUUGUGGGAGCUAUGGAGACGGGGCUGAAGAUUGGGGAAAUGGCGAAGCGGACGAUGGACGGUGUGUGGGACGCCACCAGAAAGACCACCGAGAGUGUGAGAGAUUCGGUGGCGGAUGAUGAUGAUGAUGAUGAUUCCGGUGAUUAUCGCCGGAAACCGGGUUCCGACAAACACGUGGAGGAUUUAAGGAGACGGGCCGGGGGUUAUGGCCUGAAGGAUUAAGAAGUAGUAGUAAUGGAAGUAGGGUUUUAUUUUGUUCUUUCGAACUUUAAUCUUCGUUACAUUGUUUGUUUCUUGUUGGAGUAAAAAGCAUAAGACUGUCGGUUCAGAGCUUCAUAUUAAUUAUUAAAGAAGAAGUUUAUAAUAAUAAUCAUGUCAUUAUGUAUUUUAUA